UGCCCCUCAAGAGUAGUAAAAGAUGUUUAGAAGACGAAGAAUUUGGUUAACAGUGUGUAAACAAACCAAUCAUUCAAAUUUUGCGUGUUUUCAUUUACUUGUUUUAGCUCUAAUUUACAAAAUGACCCAUACAGACCGAAUUGUUUUAUUAAUUGACAUGGAUUGUUUCUUCUGCCAAGUUGAAGAAAAAUUGAAUCCCGACUUGAAAGGGAAACCUUUGGCUGUUGUGCAAUAUAAUCAAUGGAGAGGAGGAGGAAUAAUUGCUGUAAACUACCCAGCAAGAGAAAAAGGCGUUACCAGGCACAUGAGAGGAGAUGAUGCCAAAGAGAAAUGCCCCGAAAUUGUUCUAGUCAAAGUUCCAGAUGUACGCGGAAAAGCAAAUUUAUCAAAAUACCGUGAUGCCGGCAAAAGUGUCGCUGAAGUCCUAAAAACAUUCACGCCUCUCUUAGAAAGAGCUUCUGUAGACGAAGCCUAUUUGGACAUAACUAGUGCAGUAGAAAAACGAAUUGAACUCAAAGAAGAUGUUACAACCGAAAAGUUACUCAAUACCUUCGUAGUCGGCAAUGCUACUGGUGAUUUUGUGGAAAAUGUUACCAGGCAUCGAGCUUUUGAUGAAGCCAACUAUAGACUCGCCGUAGGUGGAAUAAUUGCAGAAGAAAUACGAGCUGAAGUGUUUAAAGUAACUGGCUAUAGAUGCUCAGCUGGAAUAGCUCAUAAUAAACUGCUGGCAAAGUUGGUGUGUGGCUUGCAUAAACCGAACAAACAGACCAUUUUGCCCCAUGAAUCUGUGCCGCAUUUAUACGAGAAAACUCCCGUAAGAAAAUUAACUAGUUUAGGAGGAAAGUUCGGCAAUAGCAUUAUGGAGAAACUCAACAUUGAAUAUUUAGGCGAGCUAUCCAAGUUCACCCAAAGAGAACUAGCCAAGAAAUUCGAUGAAAAAUCAGCGGCCUGGUUGUUUAAUAUUGCCAAAGGAAUCGACACCGAACCAGUCAACACUAGAUUGGUUGCAAAGUCGAUUGGUUGCUGCAAAAAGUUUCCCGGCAAAUCCGCGCUUUGCACAAAAGAAGAUGUGGAAUACUGGCUGAAUCAGUUUGCCGAUGAAAUGGCACAGAGACUGGAACAAGACUUGGAGGAAAACUGCCGUAGAGCCAAGCAAAUUGUGGUGAACUUCGGCCAAUCCAUUGGGGAUGAGGAGAUGAUCAAUUCGAAGUCUCAUCCACUGGGUUCGUAUGAGCAGAGGCGAAUUUUUGAAACAGCUCUUCAGAUUGUCCAGAAAAAUUGUCAAAGAGCGGAUGGGAGUUUUUGCAUUAUAUAUUUAGGGCUCAGCAUUGGACAUUUUCAGGAUGUAAAAAAGGUGAAAGAAAUCACCUCCUUUUUUAAAGCCGUGACGGAAAAAGCAUGUGAGUCCACAAGUAAAAGCGCUACUGAAUCCCAUAAUAACAACGAACAUUCCUGUUUGGAUGAGGAAAAAUGCGAAAAAUUAGCCGACUUUUCUAACACUUCCGACGACGCAGAUCAAUCGCACAAUGAUUCUUUAUACUCACAAAUGACCGAAGGAGAUGAUGUCGACUAUGGUUCUUUAGUAUUUUACGAGCAAGUCCAUCCAGAGUCAAUUGUGAAUCAACAAGUGGCUGGCUUUGAAAGCAUUGCAGCUGGGAAAGAUAGUGAUUCAUCCGGUGACUCCAUAAGCAACGAGAUUUCCUUCCAUAAAAUUGAAGACUCAAAUAAUGUCGAAGGCCGAAGUUCCUUCUUUAACAGGUACUUCAGCGGCAAGGGUGUUAGAAACUUUGACACAUCAAAAUCUCUGGAGGGACUGGAUGAUUCAGACGAAGUUUCCACAGAGCUCGAUAGCUGUUCUGCUGUUGUUAGUGGAGAAGAAAAAUCAGAUGCUGUCAGUUCUGCUUUAGUGACUGGCGAGAUGGCGGACGAAGCGGAUUUUACGCUUAAAACUUGUGCUGAUUGUGGCAAAACUGUUGAAAGCCAGGAUUAUCAGUCGCACUUGGAUUAUCACUUCGUUAUAAGUAUGGUGAAAAGUGAAGCUCACUUGUAUAAAAGCGAGCCUGUGAAGCAGCAACCAACAAAAAAGGCUAGCAAGAGAAAAUUGCGAGAAAAUCCUCAACAGCCUAUAGUGAAUUAUUUCAAAAACUUGAGCGCCCAAGAACCUGAAAACCCAACUGAUAAAAUUUGCCCUGAAUGUAAUAGGAAUAUUCCUGAAGCGAAUUGGGAGGUGCAUGCGGAUUUCCAUGCAGCCAAACGGCUGCAUUUAGAAAUCAAUUCAACCCACAGCAGAGCUAUGAAGGAGGACGCGGCAAAGCCCAAGAUCAAGGGUCAAAAAAAGUUAUUAGGAUUUUUAAAAUCUGUUUAAUUUUAAUUGAAAUUUUUUGUUAACCUUAUUAUGAUUUAAAUGCAGUUAAGUUUGAAAUAAAGCCCUGUUGUAUACGCAAUUAAAAACAUUAUUUACA